AUGCAUGGCCACAGCGGCCAUCGGGUCCCCACUCCGGGCAUUGUUUGCCUUCGUGCUACGACGAAGGAUCGUGGACCGACAAACUCCGUGCGCUUGCCAUGUUGCUGUUUCCUAUUUCGAGCCGGUGCUGUUCGACGAGCCGUGCAGGAGCUGCCAGCAGAGCAGGCCCCUCUGGAGCCUCUGAUGGAAGUCUUGAGUCACAAGGGGAAAAGCAACGACUUCCUGAAGCCUUUGUUGACAGCGCUUCAGUGCAGCGAGGCGGCUAAGCCACUUGUGUUGCAUUCAUCGACGAGGCAUCUGUUCUGCGAGGGGGAGCUCAUUGUCACGCAGGGGAAGAGGAGGUUUGAGGGCUUGGUUUUCGUGCGGCGUGGCAGCGUGUCGCUACAGAUCAAUGGUGUCGAGGUUCGUCGGUUGUCAUCUGGCCAGGUUGUGGGCGAGGAGAUGUUGAUGAAUGUCUCGCCAAAAUGGAGGUAUAGCUUGGUUUGCUUGUCGCUGUGUGACAUUAUCAUCCUCCAUCGCCGGCCUCUCCUGGCUACAGUGAAGGACAGCAAGGUACCCAGCAGUUCCGAGGAGGGUCAGGAGUGCCAGCGGCUGCUGGGACUCCUUGAAGGCCAGUGGAAAGAGGAGCUGAUCAUCAUCUCAUUGCCAAUCUUCCACGGCUUUGACAGCAAGUUCUUGAGUCUCCUUCCGCAGCUGAUGGAGAUGCGCGUGAUUCUGCCAGACAACGAGAUCUGGUCAUCCACAUGCCAGGAUGAGUGCCCGGAGUCCUCACUCUUCCUCCUCCUGCGGGGCAACGCUGAGGAGAUCUUGACGAUUCAGCGCAAGCGGCGUGCAUCUGCUGAGCUCCUGCAACGUAGAGGAAGCGUCAACGGCGAAUUCCAGGUGAAGACAGUCCGUCGCACCAUCAUCCAGGGUGCUUGCGAGGGCGCAUCGCACAUGCUGGCAUUGCCUCAGGAAGGUGAGCGCAAGUUCAUCGCGUCAACGGUCUGUGUCGCUGCCGUCCUACACAGGAAGGUUUUCCUGCACAUGUUACACAGUCAAAAGCUACCCAUCCAGGCAAUCGAGGUGCUUCGACUGCUCGAGGAGGAAUUGGACAAGAGAGAGCCUCUCCCGGACGAGCAAAUUCCCACUUUCGAGAUGCUGGAAACGUGCCUUCCAAUCCUUAGAGGUCUUGAUGAGGCAUUCAUGAGCUCAAUCUUACGCGGUGGCAUCAAACGCUUCUACAUGGAAGGCCAGCAGAUUUCUGCUCCGAAGCAACGCUCGGAGGCAUGCUUUGUUGUUCUUCGAGGAGAAGUUGCCCUUCGCAUGGCAGGAAUCACGUUGGGCACCUACAAGCAGGGUCAGGCCCUUCACAUUCUGGGGCUGGCAACGGGGCCUUUCGUCCCGCCCUACGAGACGCUGUGUGUCCGGGCAAGCGAAGUUUGGGAGCUCCCCCGCUCUGUGCUGAUGACGUCCCUUGACCACUACCCUGCUAUGAAGCGCAUACUUGGGCUGCUGACUGCGAUGCAGGUGGCAAGGCUGACGGGUGUGCCAGAAGGGCAGGAUGACGACACGAACGGAGAGCUGUCCCCUGCCUUGUCCCCUGCCUUGUCCCCGCGAUCGAAGCAAGGGCUUCGCGGCCUGCUAGGUGGCAAGGCGAGAGCUCGUGCUGAAGAAGAUCCAAAUUCCCCAGUCGAGUUGGCUCAGCUGUCCAUCUUCAAGGGCCUUUCUACGGACUUCCUGGCCUGGAUCCAGGACAAUCUGGAGCCCAGGAUAUACUUCUCUGACGAUACCGUUUUCGGAGAGGACGACAGGACUCAGAAUUUGUACAUCGUUUGCAAGGGCAGCAUUUGUCUGGAGAAGCCGGGUCAUCCAGAAACCUUCUCCCGGGGAUCUUAUUUUGGUGAUGCGCAACUAUUGGGGGUGUCAAAGGGAGCUGUGGCAACUGCCGUCAGCCUUGAGAUGACCCUCGUUCAGGUGCUCAAUCGCCAGGUGCUUCUAGAGGGAUUGGCGCACUUUCCCUCUGAGGUAAUCCACUUCGACACCUUGACUGUGAAUCUUCUGGAGUCGCAGGUGGACAACGUGCUCCAUCAUGCUCCAGCCUUUGCCGAUUGCGGCGAUGAUUUUCGGAGGAAGGUCAUGCGCUCGAUGCGCACGCGCUUGCUACGCAAGGAUGAAUCCCUUGUGCAGAAGGGAGCCAAGAGAGGCUCGCUCUUCAUCAUUCGAACUGGGGUUGCUGUGGUCGAAGAGGAAGCGCCUGUGGCACCCAAGCCAAGGGAUGACGAGUCCUCCGAGCUCAGUGGAUCCACUGACAAGACAAAGCAUUAUGAGCAAUGGGAGAUCGUAAAUGCUGACGUGGUGCUCGGGCUUGUUGCCAAAGCUCCUCACACGGUAAGGGCUGAUGACUUGAUGGCCGUGGCAGAAAUAGAGGACACAAAAUUCAUCGGUAUCCUACGCUACUUUCCUUUGGAGGUUCCCAAGCUCAUCCAGCGCUUGGAGGGGACACUGUGGCCGGAGGAGGCCGAGCAACUUCCGUCCUUUCUCAACAACAUGAGCCAAUCCUUCUUCUCCCAGUUGACGCAGGAGUCUGAAUGGCGGAUGUACCUGCCGGAGUGCAACGUGGUAAG